CUCCACACGAGUGACUGUUUCUUGGCGAGGGGAAAUUGAUCACUCCUUCACUUUCAUUCUCUCUCACACUCACACACUCACACUCUCUCUUUCUAUCCCUUCAACGUCACGAGUAACACUUCAAUUUCAUCCUAAUUGAUGUACUACCCAAACUAUAAUUACCCUCCCCCGCAAUCGGGUUGGGGGGGUGGUUACUACCCGCCGCCGCAGCAGCAUCACCAGCAGUGGUCAGCACCUCCACCGCCGCCGCAACAGCAGCCUUACUAUUCCAACGGAUACCCUCCUCCAUCCCAAUCACCCCAUUCGUAUUCUCCACCACAAUAUCCGCCCCCCGGUCAUUAUGGCCAUCACACUCCGACUCCGCCCCCAUCCUCGGGGUCACAGUACCGCUCUUAUCACAGUCACUCGCCGUCAUGGGGCCAAACGCCCCCACGCCCUCCCAUGGAGGCACAGAAGUUCGGCAACGGAGCUCCCUCCAACUAUCGCUUCCAGUACUCUGCGUGUACGGGCCGACGGAAGGCCCUAUUGAUUGGAAUUAACUAUGCCGGGCAACCGAACGCCCUCCGCGGCUGUAUCAAUGAUGUGACCAAUAUGUCGACCUUCCUCCAUGAUAGAUAUGGCUACCGGAGAGAAGACAUGGUCAUCCUGACCGACGACCAACAGAACCCCAUGAGUGUCCCGACGAAAGCUAAUAUUCUACGAGCGAUGCAAUGGUUGGUCAAGGAUGCGCAGCCGAACGAUUCGCUUUUCAUUCAUUUCUCAGGUAGAGAUCUUCGCCUCAACUCAUCCGGAAUUUAUUGGCUGAUUGGUCUAGGACAUGGCGGUCGAACACCGGAUCUGGAUGGAGACGAGGAGGAUGGAUACGAUGACGUUAUCUACCCGUUGGACUACCGUACGGCAGGACACAUCGUAGACGAUGACAUGCACGCUAUUAUGUACGUGUGCUCUCUGCUUACUGCUCGUCUCAAUACUGACAAUGCUUCAAGGGUACGCCCGCUGCAACCGGGUGUUCGUCUGACUGCUAUUUUCGACUCGUGCCACUCGGGGACGGCCCUGGACCUUCCUUACGUAUACUCCACACAGGGUAUUCUGAAAGAACCCAAUCUCGCCAAAGAGGCGGCUCAGGACCUCUUUAGCGCCAUAACGUCAUAUGGGCAAGGCGACUUCGCUAGUGUGGCCCAGACGGCGAUUGGCUUCCUCAAGAAAGCCGCCUUGGGCGACUCUGCGCGCGAACGAACCGUUAGAACCAAGACAUCCCCUGCGGACGUCGUCAUGUUUUCAGGCUCCAAGGAUACCCAAACUUCAGCGGAUACCUUCCAGGAUGGAGAGGCUCGAGGUGCAUUGAGUUGGGCUUUUAUCAAGACCUUACAACAGCGUCCAAACCAGAGCUAUUUACAACUACUAAACUCGAUUCGGUCCGAAUUAGAUGGCAAAUACAGCCAGAAGCCGCAGCUGAGCUGCAGCCACCCUCUAGAUACCAAUUUGCUUUUUGUGAUGUGAUGUGAUAUGUAUCGUAUGAGACAUGAUGUAUGCGUAGUG